GAGAGUGAGAGAGAGAGAAGAGAGAAUCAAAACGCGAGAAAAGACGAACGAAACGGCAGAGGGGAAGAGAGUGAGGGAAGCCCUAGAAAGCAUGGCGGUGGAAGACGCAGGCAAGACUUCAGCUUCAGAAGAUCAGAGCAAGACGGAGUCGAACCCAAAAUCAAUGCAAGACGAGAACGAGCUGGAAGAAGGAGAGAUCGUCGGCGGCGGCGGCGACGAGGUGUCUUCGAAGAUCGCAAAGCCGCUGCACCACCCUCUGGAGCACUCAUGGACCUUCUGGUUCGAUAGCCCCUCGGCCAAGAACUCCAAGCCCAAGCAAGAGGACUGGGGCAGCUCUAUUCGCCCGAUCUACACCUUCUCUACUGUUGAGGAAUUCUGGGGUAUAUACAAUAAUAUACGCCAUCCAAGCAAGUUGUCUAUGGGGACGGACCUCCAUUGUUUCAAAAACAAAAUUGAGCCUAAGUGGGAGGAUCCUGUUUGUGCUAAUGGAGGGAAAUGGACUCUAACUUUUACUAAAGGGAAAUCUGAUCAUCCCUGGCUGCAUACGUUGCUAGCACUGAUUGGGGAACAGUUUGAUCAUGGAGAUGAAAUAUGUGGAGCAGUUGUCAAUGUCAGAACUAGGCAAGAAAAAAUUGCUAUUUGGACCAAGAAUGCAGCAAAUGAGCCUGCUCAGAUGAGCAUUGGAAAACAAUGGAAGGGCUUUCUGGAUAACAACGAAACUAUAGGCUUCAUAUUUCAUGACGAUGCAAGGCGACAGGAGAGAGGUGCCAAGAAUAGAUACACAGUGUGAUCUGUAUAGUGCUCGUUUCUAGUACUCAAAUGUUUUCUGAACCCGAGCAUUGUAUGCUUUAGCUGCGAGAGUGACCAAGUUCUUGCUAAUUGUUCCCCCUUCCCCUCGUAUGGUUUAGUUAGUCUUCCUUUUAAAUGAUAAGAAUGGACAUAGAUGCUGUUUCUUUUCUA